CCAAAAUAAACUGCAGCCAUGUCUUCGGAUGCUGAGAUGGCCAUCUUUGGGGAGGCAGCUGCAUAUCUCCGAAAGUCAGAGAAGGAAAGAAUUGCAGCCCAGAACAAGCCUUUCGAUGCCAAGUCAUCCGUCUUUGUGGUGCACCCUAAGGAAUCCUUUGUGAAAGGGACAAUCCAGAGUAGGGAAUCAGGGAAGGUCACUGUCAAGACUGAAGCUGGAGAGACCCUGACUGUGAAGGAAGAUCAGGUCUUUGCCAUGAACCCUCCCAAGUACGAUAAAAUCGAGGACAUGGCCAUGAUGACCCACCUCCACGAACCCGCUGUGCUGUACAACCUCAAAGAGCGUUACGCAGCCUGGAUGAUCUACACCUACUCGGGUCUCUUCUGCGUCACUGUCAACCCCUACAAGUGGCUGCCGGUGUACAACCCAGAGGUGGUGUUGGCCUACCGGGGGAGGAAGCGCCAGGAGGCCCCUCCACACAUCUUUUCCAUCUCUGACAGUGCCUAUCAGUCCAUGCUAACUGAUCAUGAAAACCAGUCGAUCCUGAUCACCGGAGAAUCCGGUGCAGGGAAGACUGUGAACACAAAGCGUGUCAUCCAGUACUUUGCAACAAUUGCAGUGAGUGGGGAGAAAAAGAAGGAGGAGAAGCAACAAUCAGGCAAAAUGCAGGGAACGCUUGAGGAUCAAAUCAUCAGUGCCAACCCACUGCUGGAGGCCUUUGGAAAUGCCAAGACUGUGAGGAAUGACAACUCCUCACGCUUUGGUAAGUUCAUCAGGAUUCACUUUGGUGCCACAGGCAAACUGGCUUCUGCUGACAUUGAAACAUAUCUGCUGGAGAAGUCCAGAGUCACUUUCCAGCUCAAGGCAGAAAGAAGCUACCACAUAUUUUAUCAGAUCAUAUCCAACAAGAAACCAGAGCUAAUUGACAUGCUCCUCAUUACCACCAACCCAUAUGACUACCAAUUUGUGAGUCAGGGGGAGAUCACUGUUGCCAGCAUUAAUGAUCAGGAGGAACUGAUGGCUACAGAUAGUGCUAUUGACAUCCUGGGCUUCACCGCUGAUGAGAAAACAGCCAUUUACAAGCUGACAGGGGCUGUCAUGCACUAUGGGAACCUGAAGUUCAAGCAGAAGCAGCGUGAGGAGCAGGCAGAGCCGGAUGGCACAGAAGAUGUUAACUGGGGCUAUCAUGCAGUAGACAUGAACAGGUCCAGGAAAUUCCUGAAACACGUUGAAGAUAACUUCUUGAUACAG